GGCACUAUUUUAGGAAUAUCAAAAUGAAGUGAAAAAGCAGAGAUUUUUUACCUUGCGCAUUGGAGCGUGGUGUGGCUCAUAUCUCCUAUUUAAGUGGAACGUCUCUGGGCACUUUUUGUGUGAUAAGCUCUGGUGUGCGCUCUCCAAAGGCAAAGACCAGAAACCAAGACAAAGAGAAAGAAUAGACAUGGGGAGUGAAAUUCCAAGAGUCGAGGAGAGCGGCCGAACCUUGAUCAUCGGCUCGAGCGGGUUUAUUGGGCGGUUCGUGGCGGAGGCAAGCCUGGCGUCCGGUUGGCCCACGUACCUUCUGGUCCGGGGUGGUCGCGUGAGCUCCUGCAAGGCCAAAGCCAAUGCUAUCAUGUCUCUACAAGACAAAGGAGCCAUCAUACUUCAAGGAUCAUCAAAUGACAAAGCGACGAUGGAGAAGAUAUUGAAGGAACACAGGAUUGAGAUUGUGAUAUCAGCAGUUGGUGGGGAAAGCAUUUUAGAGCAACUCGUUCUUGUUGAGGCCAUGAAAUCAGUCGGCACUAUUAAGAGGUAUGUGCCGUCUGAAUUCGGGCACGACAUAGACCGAGCAGACCCAGUGGAACCGGGGUUAGCCAUGUACGAGAAGAAGAGGAAAGUGAGGAGGCUGAUCGAAGGCUCGGGUGUGCCCUACACCUACAUUUGUUGCAACUCGAUUGCGGCCUGGCCUUACCACGACAACACCCAUCCUGCCGACGUUCUCCCGCCGUUGGACCGCUUCCACAUCUACGGCGACGGCACCGUCAAAGCUUAUUUCGUGGCGGGCAGCGACAUAGGGAAGUUCACUAUAAAAUGUCUUGACGAUGAUCGGACCCUGAAUAAGACGGUCCAUUUUCAACCUCCCACAAAUCUCCUGAGCAUCAAUGAGCUUGCAUCUUUGUGGGAGGAGAAAAUAGGGCUCAAGCUCCCUAGAGUUACCGUAACUGAAGAUGACCUUCUUUUUGCUGCCCAAGAAAUGGUGAUCCCACGAAGUGUCGUCGCCGCGCUAACCCAUGACAUAUUCAUAAAGGGAUGCCAAGUCAAUUACUCUUUGGACAAGCCGACUGAUGUUGAAGUGACCUCUCUGUAUCCCGACAUGACUUUCAAGACGGUCGAUGAAUGUUUCGGUGAUUUUGCCAAGAAGAUUGUGGAUGUGCCUAAGACAGUCGAGGAUUCAGGAUAUAAAGUCGGCAUCAUGAAGCCCAAGUCAAAGCCGGAAGCUUUGGUUUUGACUGCUUAAAAAAGAGUUGUGCUGUCCAAGUUUUACUGUGAUUGCGUCUUCAUUAUAAUGAUUUAAUUGAUCUUGCAUUCUUCAUGUUCAGUUCUGAUCAUGUUCCUUGUAUCCCCCAAGAUGAUAUUGGUUGGUGAGACUUAACUCAUGUUCUCGAGAAAGACUUACCAUGGAAAUUCAUCCCUUCGAAAUAAGAUCAUUGUCCAUUACUUAGAA